CCACUUGUGCUCACAGAAAUCUGUCGUACCAGAGACUGCAGAAAUCUCUGAUUCACAAAGCUGAUCUUCCAGGAAGAAACAUGGCCAUGCAAGGAACUAGAGAUGGUUUAUCACAUUGCCUUUGGAAACUGGUUGCUGUUGCAAACCAUUGAAGCCAAGAGUGGAAGGGGUACAGGUGUGUAGCAGGAGACUACAGAAUGAAAACCACGAAGGACCUGAGCCCAAGCAUAGGAAGAGACAAAAAUUGAUGUGGAGGACUGACAAGAAGGUGUGUGUGCUAGGAUUGUAACAAAAAGGAGGAAGAAACUGGAGAGAAGUCAGAUAUUGGAAAGCUGUGAUGAGGGGUCUUUGAAAAAGGGUUUGGGAGAGCACAAUGAAGAAGAAAUUGUUCUGCCUGGCAAAAGCUUACUUAGGAAGAGGACUGAGACCUUGGCAAGCCUGCUGAGAAAGUGAAUUCUGGAAAGAAAAAGAUCUCUUCAUACUCAGGUGUCAUGGAAUGACAAGGAGUCUGUUUUUGUUCAUAAAUAUGGAAUUGACUUCAAGUGUGUGCUUUAAAACAAACCAAAUGUUGAUAGUCACAGGUGUAUGUGAUAAUGUGCUAAUGCCUCAGGCACCAUGAUGCAUCAACUCAAGAUCUGGUCAUAUGACAACGGCGACAAAUUGAAACAGGGAGUUUCUAACUUGAUAUAAUGAAAGGAUUUUCACCACAAGCACAUGGGAACUAGUUGCUAAGAGAGGCUGUUGAAUUUCUCUCCUUGGAGUAUUUCCACAUCCUUACCUGGACAAAGGCCUGGGCCACCUGGUCUAAAAUCAAUGCUGACACUGCAGGAGGCUGCACUAGUGACCCCAGUCUCUUUCAUUGCAAGAACUGAAGAAAAUCUACAAAAUGGGAUCUGGGUUCAAAACAAACAAAAGAAGGUGAUUCUUCAUACACAGCUCAGGUUUGCAGCACAGGCUUCCCAUGCGGUCAGAGCCUCUUGCUCUGGAAUGGAGUCCUCCCCAGGCUGCACCUGGAUCUCUGCCUGCCCGUGUUUCUCCGUGGGUUACAGGAGCACAUCUCCCUCACCACGGGCUGCAGGGGAAUUUCAGCUCAGGUGCCUGGAGCACCUCCUGCCCCUCCUUCUGACCUUGGUGCCUGCACAGCUGCUCCUCUCACGCGUUCUCACUCAUUCUCUGGCAGCAAUUCCUCCUUCAUUCUAACUCUUUUCCCUUUUAGAAUCCCUUAUCCAAUACAUUGGCCAGAAUCGAGUCCAUCCUGGAACUGGAUGGCAUCGCCUUUGUCGGAUGUAAGAGAGGCUUCUGGCAGCUUCUGACAGAAGCCACUCCUGCAGCCUCCCUUCUUCCAAAACUUUGCCAUGGAAACCCAAUAAAAUUUAAAAAAAAAAAAAAGGCAGCACAGAAGUUUUAACAUUAUGAGUUUUAAUCAGAAUUCUUACUUGGGAUAAAGGGCUACAAGCUACUCUACUCUCUCCAACUUUGUAACUGUGCAUUGUUAGAAGCUGAGACUAUCAGUCUGCUGUGUGUGCCACAGUAAUGACCAUUCUUGGCUGUUAGACGACACAAGUACAGUGUGUAUACAUAGUAUAUAUAUAGUAUCUUCUCCAACAGCGCUCAACAAGGGAAAUCUACACAAAGCCAUCCUGAUGUAGCAGACCUGCAAUGUUGUCAGAAACUGGCGUGAAAUAGAGCAAAGCCCUCUCUCUCCUGACUGAUGCUGCUUUUCUUGCCUCCUACUUUCUUCUGAUGAUUUAUUUUGGUUAUUUAGAAGAAAAAGCAAACGUUAUCAUUUUCCUGUACUGCAGCACUUCCCUACUGCAUGCUGGCGUUCUCCCUCUCCCCCACAGCCGUGUCCUCAGUUGGUCUGCUCUGAUUUUCCUUCCUAACCUGUCCCCAGUCAUACCCAUCUACCCUUUCCCACUCCUCUUUGCAGCCUGUCCUUCCCGUUUAACACUCUCCUUCUAUGCCAAGCUUGCAAAUGUCCCAUUUCCUGCCUUUUUGAUCCUUUUCUCUUCCCCAGUAUCAGAACAGCAAGAACCCUGUGACUCCGCCACUGCUGCCCUCAUUGCAAGAGGCAUUGGCUGUGUCAGUCCUUCUCUCCUGCUGCAGCUACGCUACGGCCAAGCCAAGGCACUGACUGGGACUCACCUGGCACCAUCCUCGCUCUGCUGGCUGGCGCUAGGCGACCUGACCCGCAGCACCACUUGGCUGCAUCCGCGCACCGGCGAGCCCGUCAACUCCGGCCACAUGAUCCGCUCAGACCUGCCCCGCGGAUGGGAGGAGGGCUUCUCGGAGGAGGGCGCCAGCUACUUCAUCGACCAUAAUCAGCAGACCACGUCAUUUAGACAUCCUGUGACAGGAAAGGUUUCUCCAGAAAAUAUUGAAUUUAUUUUGCGAGAAGAACAGAAUUCAUCUAUGUCCAACCAACAAAUAAACCAAAGGCCUUCAAGCAUGGUCAGUGAAACGUCCACUGCAGUAACUACGUCUGCUGUUGAUACAAAACCUGGCUCUAAGGUUGUGAAGAUUGGAAACAAAGUUCACAGCUUUGGAAAAAGGGAUCAAGCAAUUAGGAGGAACCCCAAUGUUCCUGUGAUAGUCAGAGGCUGGCUGCACAAACAGGACAGCUCUGGGAUGCGAUUAUGGAAGAGACGAUGGUUUGUGCUUGCUGAUUAUUGUUUGUUUUACUACAAAGACAGCAGAGAAGAGUCUGUUCUGGGAAGCAUCCCAUUGCCUAGUUAUGUAAUAUCUCCAGUUGGACCUGAAGAUCGUAUAAAUCGCAAAUUUUCUUUUAAGGCUGUUCACACAGGUAUGCGGGCGUAUAUUUAUAACAGGAAUUCUGUGAUUGGCUCUCAGGCAGAGCACACGGGGAUGAGGACGUACUACUUCAGUGCUGACACCCAGGAGGACAUGAACGCCUGGAUCCGGGCUAUGAACCAGGCUGCUCUCAUGCAGACACGCUCCUCACUGAAGAGGGAAACUGAAAGAGUGGAUCAGCAAGCUGUUCCUCAGGUCAAUCAUGUGGAUGCCUGCAAAGAGUGUGUGAAGGCAGAGAUUACAGACACAAAGGAAAGUUAUCAGAAAUCAGCUGAAAUGCUUGGAUACGAUAAGCGUGAAGAGAUAAGAAGAGAAAAGGAGGAGGAGGAGCGUUACAUGCACAGAAAAGAAACUCUGGAAACCAAAAAGGGAAAGGCUAAGCAUGCGUUAACAGAAGCUGAUUCAUUAUUUCCAGACUCGGUGAAUGCAUCCAGGUCCCAAGUAGCUCAGCCUCAGCCAGCUGAGAAGAAUGGAACCCUUCCUAGCUCAUUAAGUAUGAGUGCUGGCCUAGUGGAGCAGAAUGGUACUGGCUCAUAUAAAAGAGGGUUUGUUCCCAGAACAAAUCCAGAUAAGCAGUUUCAAAGGAAAAGUAACAUGGCUCAAGUGGAGCACUGGGUAAAGGUCCAGAAAGGAGACACAAAAAGCCUCACUUCUGAUCAGACUCUUACUCGUCAGGGUCCCAAUCCUCCUUUUCCUGAAAACUACCACACUUUGCCAAAGAAUACCAGGCAGCCUUCAGGGAGCUCACCACCACCAAACCGCAAUUUGCCGAGUGACUACAAAUAUGCACAAGAUCGUGUCAGCCACUUGAAGAUGUCCCAGGAGGAAAGGAAAGCAAAUAAGGAUGGAACUGUUUGGCAGCUGUAUGAGUGGCAGCAGAGACAGCAGUUCAAACAUGGCAGCCCCACAGCCCCACUUUAUGUAGGUUCUUCAGACUUUAUGGAUCGUGCUAAGUCAAAAAGUUCAUUAGAUGUUCCACGAUCGAUAUCUGUUCCGCCCUCUCCAUCUGACAUUCCUCCACCUGGACCUCCAAAAAACUUUCUCCCACGGAGACCACAUACUCCUGCAGAAAGGCUCACAGUUAAACCAUCAGACGAGAGACAGACUGUGGAUGUUCCUUUUGCUGGAUCCCCCAGGAAGAUACGGAAUCGUGCUGUAAAGAGCUCCACUCACCUGGACCGGCGCUCCAUGCCUGCCAUGGGCUACAUGACGCACACGGUGAGCGCGCCCAGCCUGCACGGCAAGUCGCCCGAAGAGCUAACAUUGCUUCUCAUUCGAUUAAGGAGACAUCAGGCUAAGUUGGCUAGUAUAAGAAAUUACACAAUCGCUCAGUUACUGCAGCACUUGCCAACUAAUUCCACCUAUCAGGCGGAUGACACUUAUAUCCAGUUGAAAAAGGAUCUGGAGUAUUUGGAUCUAAAGAUAGAAAAUAAUGGACCUCUGAUCAACAUGAUAUACAAAGUGCUAAAGAACUCAGCACAAGGGUUACUAUCCAGUAUACAUGUGACAGGACGUGACACAUUGAAAGAAAGAAGUACAAAACCUGUCAAGAUUGCAGAAAGUGAUAUUGAUGUGAAACUAAGCAUUUUCUGUGAGCAGGACAGAAUUCUGCAGGACUUGGAGGACAAAAUAAGAGCCCUUAAGGAAAAUAAAGAUCAGCUGGAGUCUGUUUUGGAGGUUUUACACAGGCAGAUGGAUCAGUACAAAGACCAACCACAACAUGCCGAAAAAAUAUCUUACCAGCAGAGACUUUUGCAAGAGGACCUUAUACAUAUUCGGGCUGAAAUAUCCAAAGUUUCAACGGAAAUGGAAAAUGCCUGGAAUGAGUAUCUGAAAUUAGAAAAGGAUGUGAGCCAGCUGAAAAAAGCCUUACAGGAACAGAUGAACAGUUCAUUGGUAUCUCAGGAGAAAACACAAAUACAGAAAGACUUGUGGAGAAUUGAAGAUGUUACAGCUGGCUUGAGUACAAAUAAAGCAAACUACAAAACCAUAGUAGACUCUAUAAAGAAUCCAGAGAGAAAAACAGUGCCUUCAUUUUCUCAGUCUUCAGUGCCUUCCUUACCAGCUUCCCUUGCUAGUGUGGAGAGCAAACGUUCAGCCCCGCAGAGCCCCCCACGCAGCCCGGUUAAAUCCCCUCUGGAGGUCAGGCUCUAUCCACAGCCUUAUUUCCAGACCAGGACACAGCACCAAGCACAGCAGCUGAAAAAAAUCGAGCCACCUCUUCAGUCACCAGUCAAGCUCAAGCCAAAGGUUGAAGAUGAAGCACCGCCCAGACCUCCUCUCCCUCAGCUGUACAGUCCUGAGGAUCAGCCACCAGCUGUCCCACCCCUCCCCAGAGAAGCCACUGUCAUCAGACACACCUCGGUGCGGGGCCUGAAACGCCAGUCAGACGAGAGAAAGAGAGACAGAGAGCUCGGCCAGUAUGUGAAUGGAGACUACAGGGUGGAGCUGCGUUCAUACAUGAGUGAGCCGGAACUAGCAAUGAUAGGGGGUGACCUCAACCACCCUUCCAGUGCUUUAAUAAGCCCUGACAGUGGAUACCAGACAUUACCUACCCGUGGUUUGUCUGGAUCAACUUCCAGAUUGCACCAGUCAUCUACCAUUUCAUCGUUUGCAACGCUUCGAAGGGAUAGGUCCAAGGAGAGACCAAAGAGUGCCUUGGAACGUUUAUACUCUGGAGACCACCAAAGAGGCAAGAUGAGUGCAGAGGAGCAGCUAGAAAGAAUGAAGAGACAUCAGAAGGCAUUAGUGCGGGAACGCAAGAGGACUCUUAGCCAGGGAGAAAGGCAGCCUGUUUCAUCUCGCUCUUUCAUCAGGCCCGUGUCUGCAGACCUAGGCUCAUGGAAACGAGAGCAAGAAUUUGAUUUGCAGUUACUUGAGAGGGCAAUUCGUGGAGAAGACAAGGAUGAAAAUGAAUGGUUAAAAAUCCAGCCAGUAGCAGUGACAGAGACAGACCUGGAGCCUCAAGACUAUGAUUUAGAUAUCAGCAGAGAGUUGUCAAAACCUGAGAAGGUUGUAAUUCCAGAGCGUUAUGUUGAACUGGAGCCAGAAGAGCCUCUUUCUACAGAAGAACUGGCAGCAAGGCAGCGUAAAGCAGAAAAGAUAAAGAAUAUUCUUACUAAAUCAAGUAUGCACAAUCUGCAGCCUGCUGUUGCCCAGGACAAACACAACUCGAUUGAUUUAGAUUCACAGCUGCAGGAGCAGGAGCGCAUCAUUACCAUUUCAUAUGCUCUGGCUUCUGAAGCCUCUCAGAGGAGCAAGGAGGUAGCAGCCAAAGCAGUAAGUGAGCACUGACGUGAGACUCGAGGCAAAUCCCGCUUUGGGACACGGCACGGACAGAGGAGAUUCUUUUCCAGGUUUCUGUGGAGAUACUCGUGGGCUGAUGACACCUCCUUCUGGAAAGACAUUCAGAGAAUGAUAGAGGGAUUUUCUAUGAAAAUGAAGAGAACUGCAGAUCAUUUUUUUAUGUACUUCAGUUUAGUUCACCUUUUUAUAUGAAUAAACGGCACUUUUAAUAAACUCUGUAAAAUACUGACAAUGGAUUUUUAGAACAAUGUAUUUUAGAUUUUUUUUUUUAAUCAAGGGCUGAAUUCAUUUUAAAAGACACUUCUUGCAUAGAUACUAAAGGAUGCUGUUACUUCCCCCUCAGGCUCAGAUGCACAUUGUAAAGUUUGUGGAAAAACCCCUGCAAAUUUGAACAAACCUAGAAGCACAUUCAUAGGAUUAUGGAUAGAGCUAACACAGGUGACAGGUUUGGUGAAAGGGUGUUUCAGAUUGAAUAUUUUUGUAGAGUUAAUCACCCACCCUUUUGCCCAUUAAAUAAUCCAAUGCAACAACUGUUAGCUUGAAUUUCUAAAUGUUUGUAACCACUGUAUAGCUGAAAUUUCCCAAGAAAGCCAUAACAAAAGCCAGUUUUAACUCCCAUUUUUUCUUAUCCCAGAUGAUUAACUUGCUGGUAUCAAUGCACAGUUUGUUAGGCUGCCCUUGACAGUAAUGCUGCCCCCUCUAUAACAAACAGGUAACAAAUUCUAUUUUUUUUCCAAGUUGAGAUGUGAAAGCAGAUGAUUUUUAAUUAAAAUAUGUGAAGUAAGCAAUAAAAAAAUUAUAUUGUGUCAUUUGGCUAGUAAAUACAUAUUUUUCUUCUGAUUUUUUUUUUUAAAUAGACAUUACAAUAUGACACACUGACUAGUAUUUAUCUUGGAAACAGCAAAACUAAUGAAAUGUGGCACCUGCUAAUUUCGUAUGUAUGUUCACCUGGUGCUUAUCUUUGCCAAACUUUGAAAUUCUGUGCUGUACUUACGCAUAGGGCAAAGGGUGGGAUGGUUAAAAUAAGGAGAAAAUAAGAUUAAAUGAAUUGCUGCAACUAUGCUUUAAAAAAUCCUGUGUAUGCAUCAAAUGCAAGAACUUCCCAAUGUUACAUAAUUAGUAGCGGAGUUCAGCUCUGGAUGAGAAAUAACUGAGAAAUACUUCUGCAGUAUUUUGUGAAACCACUAACUUGUUUAUUCCCUGUAUUCAAGUAGUAGCUAAAAACCCCUUGGAACUGACCUUUGUGUUUCAAACUUUAAGACAAAUCAUGUUAUAUUAACACUAUACGCAGAAAUAUUCUUAAAAGUAUAUAUUUAGCUAAUGCAAUCUAUUUUACCUCAAUACUGCCAGUAUCAACUUCAAAACCUUUUGCCAAAAUAAUGAUUUAUUUUUGCCUUUAUAAAAAAGUUUUGAAAGCAUAAAUGAAUAUUUUGCAAGAAAACAUUAAUUUAAAUAAAAUGUAACAGUUUGGAAAAUGGUAUAUGUACAGAUUAAAAUAUUAACAUAACUGCCUCCAAUUGCCUCUGUCUUGUCUGCUCUCUUAUCAGUGAUCAGCUAGUUGGAAAUCCAGAGUCAUUUGUGCUUUUAUCAUAUUUUGCUCUUCUUUGGUUCAAAUCCCAUUGAAGUUCUCCAGUUUUGCACUUAUUUUACUGGGAUUUGAAUCAGGCUCUCUCUACACCAAUUCUCCCUUUUGAUGAUGAUGAUUAUUAUUAGUUGAUUUGUUUUUAGAAAUGUUUUCUAAGCAUUUGAUGAAAUCUGUCUUUAUUCUUGAAUAGCAAGGGUGGGGUGUUGGCUGAGGGGAAGGUGGUGGGCACUGGCAAAGCUGCAGCUCACUGGCAGAGUUUGACUUUCCAGCAGUUCCUCAAAAGACACCAGGUUGGUGGAGAGCACUGGAUAUGUUGGAUUCUUCUGGAAAAACAAUUAAAAGUGUUUCUGUGGCUUAGUGUUGACUGCAUGAACUCAAGGGUGAGUGUGUGAGGCUGUGAGAACUUGGCCUUUGAAUGUGAGUGGCAGAAAUUGGGAGCUGAGCUGCUUAGGAUGUGCUCAUCCUGUUUUUGUGGGGCACAACAAAGGAAUGAGGAGAAAGGAGCACAGGCAGUACUGCUCUGCAAGCUGGGGGAGAUGUUCAUUCUCUUUCCUUUGAUCACACAAAAUCUGCUCAUUCAAGCUUUAUGCUCUAAACAGUUACAUCAUUAACAUUUUCAACAAAACCAGUCUUGAUUGAAAGAUUUUGAUCAUGCCCAUAGUUAAUCUCAUAUUU